AUGUCAAAAUACUUUCUAAUUACUUACAUAGGCUUUGUUCUAGUCUUUAAUACAAAUUGUUUGGGGCGUAAGCCAAUUAUCGAAAAUCAAAUCGCUAAUAUUCUUCUAAAAUCCAGUCCAUUAGUAGAGAAGACACCACAGCAAAGUAUGGAGUGUUUUGCAAUUUAUAUACCAAAACUAAAUAAUUUAACCAAAACCUAUGAGUUCGAGUAUGAAACUUGUUUACAACUUUCGACGGAAUACCGAGAUUCCCUAGAUUUGGAAAUUCAAAAAGAGCGCUUACACUUGGAAGAAUCAACUGAAGAAGUUUGUAAUAGUUUCAAAAGUUGUUCCAGCAAAACUGAAACUUUUGAAUUUUUCGAAUGCUUUAGUAAUGUUGCUGCUGAAUCCACUAAAACCAUUUAUAACAUUCAAAACAUAUCCAAGGACAAAAUGGAAUAUAUUAAAAUUAAAGAAGACGCCAUUGAGUACGAUCAAAAUCGUUGUACUGAUAAAUGUUCUCGUGUCUAUGUCGAGGAAUCUACAAAAAUCUAUGACGAUUUGGAUAAAUGUUUAGCUGGUGUAGUCAUUGAUUCGCCAACUCAAAUUCCUAGUGUUAAGGUUUAAAAACGUCUUGUAAAUGAAAAUCAUUGUUCAAAUUUUUCGAAAUUGCAU